GAAAGAGGAUGGCAGUGCAAAAAAUAAAUUUUUGUUUAUAAUUAUUCAUUACAUCAAGGGUAUGAAAGUAAAUAGGAGAAGAUAAGGGGAAUGGUGAAAUGGCAGUUGCCACUUGAGGAACACAGUUCGUUGACAAUGGUUAUUCUAGUUCAUGAUUGAUUCACCCAGGGAAAUUCGUUCAACGAUAAAAUGGUUACUAUUGCACAUUUCAAUCCUUAAAAAAUUCAAUCAAUUCUGCAACUUCUGUGCGAGUAAUCUUCAUUACCUUAUACAAAAGGUUAUAUUUGUUUGGUGCUGCUGAUAGAGGAUGAAGUCAAGUGAAUGGCAUGUUGAAAGAAGGCAUGGUUCAAAAAUUGAAUCCCCUUCAUCAAGGGAUUCAGAAAAUGCGCAUGAGACAGGGCCACUCUCCAUUGUUAUACUUGGUGCUUCUGGUGAUCUUGCAAAGAAAAAGACGUUUCCAGCACUUUUCCACCUUUAUGAGCAGGGAUUCCUACCACAAAAUGAGGUUUGUAUUUUUGGCUAUGCUAGGACAAAAAUCACUGAUGACGAAUUGAAAAACCGCUUACGUGGCUAUCUUGUUCCUGCCAAAGAUUCUUCCUCUGAGCAGUUGGAAAAAGUAUCAAACUUCUUGCAUCUGAUCAAAUAUGUAAGCGGCUCUUAUGAUUCUAAGGAUGGUUUCUGUAAUUUGGAUAAAGAGAUUUCAGAGCAUGAAUCUUUGAAAAGUAGCGUUCAGGGUUCUUCCCGAAGGCUCUUCUAUCUUGCCCUUCCUCCUACAGUAUACCAAUCAGUUUGCAAGAUGAUCAAGACUUAUUGCAUGAACAAAUCUGAUCUUGGUGGGUGGACUCGUAUUAUUGUUGAGAAGCCUUUUGGUAAGGAUCUAGAAUCUGCAGAGCAACUCAGUACCCAGAUUGGAGAGUUGUUUGAAGAACCCCAGAUUUAUCGUAUUGAUCACUACUUAGGGAAGGAACUAGUGCAGAAUAUGUUAGUACUUCGUUUUGCAAACCGCUUAUUCAUGCCGCAAUGGAACCGUGACAACAUUGCUAAUGUGCAGAUCGUUUUCAGAGAAGAUUUUGGAACUGAAGGCCGAGGUGGAUAUUUUGACCAAUAUGGAAUUAUUCGAGAUAUAAUUCAAAAUCAUCUGCUGCAGGUUUUUUGCUUGGUUGCUAUGGAAAAACCAGUUUCUCUCAAGGCCGAACACAUUCGGGAUGAGAAAGUGAAGGUUCUUGAAUCAGUACUACCUAUUAAAGAUGAUGAGGUUGUUCUAGGACAAUAUGAAGGCUAUAGAGAUGAUGCCACCGUACCUGACCAUUCGAAUACUCCUACUUUUGCAACUGUUAUUCUGAGAGUAAACAAUGAGAGAUGGGAUGGUGUUCCAUUCGUACUAAAGGCUGGGAAGGCCCUAAGUUCAAGAAAGGCAGAUAUAAGAGUUCAAUUCAAGGAUGUUCCUGGUGACAUUUUCAAGUGUCAAAAGCAGGAGAGAAAUGAGUUUGUCAUACGCCUGCAACCCUCAGAAGCUAUGUACAUGAAGCUAAUAGUCAAGAAACCUGGACUGGAUAUUGAAACAGUUCAAAGUGAACUAGAUUUGUCAUAUAGGCAACGUUAUCAAGGAGUAACCAUUCCAGAGGCUUAUGAACGUCUAAUUCUUGACACAAUUAGAGGUGAUCAGCAACAUUUUGUUCGCAGAGAUGAGUUGAAGGCAUCAUGGGAGAUCUUCACCCCUCUUUUGCACCGGAUAGAUAAAGGGGAGUUCAAGUCAAUCCCUUACAAACCUGGAACAAGAGGUCCUGCAGAAGCAGAUAAACUAUUGCUGGAAAAAGCUGGUUAUGUUCAAACACCCAGUUAUAUAUGGAUCCCUCCUACACUGUAGAAAGUACAGUCAUUGCCUUAAAUUGUUUAUGCUUACACUUCAUAAGCAUGCGAAGAUCUCCUUGGAACAAGAUUCUUCUUUAAUGGGUGAUUUUAUCAAGCAUUUGAAUAUAUAUGUGGUUGGCAUGCUUUAUAUAACCUUCUCUCUGAAUGCAAAACAGUGAGUGGUUGACAUGGUAUACGUAUCGUGCAUACAAAAUAAAUGAAAAACGAAGUUCAUUUAGUAGUAUUUGUGUUUUAUAUG